UUGGUUUGCAGCACUUGACGUCGCUGGGUGGGUGUGUCCCUCAAUGCAGAACCUUUGUUGUCUUAUGAUCACUUUUCAACAGGAGUGAAGGCUCUCAACCUGCUCGCCAGUCAAACAACUUCGCGGUUAACGACCGGAUUUUUCCUCAGAUAAACCAUCACCAGGCCUACUUGUCAAAUGUCCUCCCCAGAGAUAGCGUCCAUCUCUUGGGGACACAUGAAGGUAAAGGGCUGCGCCACAGGCUACAAAGACUGCAAAGUAUGGCCAGGAGGAAGCCGUGCAUGGGACUGGAGAGAGACUGGGACAGACCACUCCCCAGGUGUCCAACCCGCUGACCUGGAGGAGAUCCUGAAGAAGGGCGUGGAGACACUGGUGAUUGGCAGAGGCAUGAGUGAAGCACUGCAGGUGCCAUCAAGCACUCUGGACUACGUGAGGCAGAAGGGGGUGGACGUUAAAGUGUUCCAGACGGAGAAGGCUGUGAAAGAGUACAACAACCUGGCCGGGCAGGGGGCAAAGGUGGGAGGGGUCUUUCACUCCACCUGCUGA